AUGUUUUUACGACGAACUCGCGCGCUUGACGCUGCACGAAAGCACAUCGAGAGGAUCAAGAAGGGCGCCGCCGUUCGACAACCCGCCAAUUCUUUUUGUCGACCAGCUUUCCUUUCUCGGUCUCGGGCCGUUGCCGCACGACCACGCACCCGAUUCUCGGGUGCUUUUGUCUCAGCGCCAGCGCCACGAGUUCCCGCUACGACUACAGCAGCGAUACCCUCUUCCGGGGGGGUUUCGCCUUCUCGAAUACCGACCCCGCCAAAGUCGACACGUCGAUGGAAGCCGCUAAGGAAGGCGCAAGCUGGCAGGGCCCGUGGUCAAGUGACCGCAACCCGUCAGCUACGCUCCUGCCUGCGUUCUUCUCAGGCCAACGCAACAGCCCUCCGCCGCUCGAAGAGGGUCCAUUUCGAAAAUGACGCCGUUACCACGGUCGUCGUCCGGUUCUUUGAACCGGAAGACGGCCUUGGUGAUCGUGUCAUCAAUCGCACUUCGGAAUCCUGUGCGCCCGAUUACACUGAACGAGGUGAGUUACGCUCCUGGACUGCUAACGGUUUGACGUACUGGCAACGGGAGGACGCCAACUGGAUGGGACCAGAUACUGCUGGCAGUUUUGGCCCUGACGGACCCCCCCGUUGCCCGUACUGCCUUUAUAACCAAAACGCAGGCAAUUUCAUGACGACGGAUUACGUGGAUGAGGUUAUGGAUUCCUUGUCCAAAGAGGAAUUCUGCGCUCAGUGGUGGAUCGAUUGCGACACGCUGAGAUGCGAGGAACAUGAGAAGGGUUGA